UUAAGGUUAGGUUUAAUUUGUAUUUGUUUUGUAUUCCGCAUGAUUUCGAUUAUCAGCAACAGAUACGUUAGUUCUAAGUUCUAAUAUAAAUUAACGUCUCAUAUAUAACGAGUUAAAAUGUUCACUGUAUUCUCACGACGCCUGUAUUUUAUUUGUGACAAAAUCCCUGUUCGUCACUUAAGAAACCGAAGAUUUGAUAGGCCUGGAGCUAACCCUGGCUUAGAUAAUAGACUGGGUGCAUUCAAAGAAGACGGCAUCAAGAUACAAGACGAUGAUGUCGAAGAAUUUAUGGAACAAUCAGAUAGCAACUUUUACAAUGUAGGUGAAGCAUACAAUGCACAUUUGAAUGAAACACUCAUGGGGAAACACAAAAUAAAACUUCAAAUUGUUAAGGAGAAAUACUUUAAAGAGAACAUGCCAAACUUGCUUACCUGGAGUGAGAAGGAACAGAUACGUCACUUAGCUGCAACGCAACCUGAUGAAUGGACUCCACAAAGAAUUGCUGAAAGCUUCCCUGUAACUGAGCAAGUGGCAAAGAAACUAUUAAAAUACCCUUGGAAACCAACAACUGAAGAACGUAUAGCCCGUCAUGACACAUCUGCUAUGAGAAACUGGAGGGAACUUAAAGAAGGAACUUUAGACAUACCUGAAGAUUUACGGACACAUUUUCUUAAGUUCUCUGAGAGAAAGAUACCUCCACUAAAUAAAAAAUCAAUAAAAGUUGAUGUAUCUCAGGAAAAAAUUGGAGAGUUUGAACAAAUCGUACAAAAGUGUGCAUCUAAUGAAGAGAAUAAUCGAACAUCAGAUAAAUUUGAACACAGCGAGUUGAACUCAAAUGAGGAAAGUAAACCAACAAGAAAGGACUGGAAAAAAGUAACAUUAGAUGAAUUGGCAAGCAAAAUAAAAACUCGUUUAGAUAAAGGAAAGGAUGUGAAUGUACCAGACAGAAUGAUCAUGGAUUCAAUCAACACUGUACCUAGCAAUACCGUUAACACUAAUGAAGUCAACAAAGAAAUUGAGUUAUUCAAUGAGAAAAAAGAUGAGAAAAGUAUUACAAAUUACAAGAAAGAAGAUACUGAAGUUGUUCCUGGGCCAAGUUAUCCAGAACGAAUAAGAAUACCAAAGAAAGCUUAUCAAAGAGGUGCAACAUACAAAGUAGAUGAUUGUUUUUAUGAUCACGAUGGGAGAUUUUUAUAUCGAGUAAUAGGUAUGACUGAUAGUCAUUAAAAUAUUGUUUUUCAAUUAAACAACUGCAUCACUACUUUACCAAGGUGCUCAUCAAGGUAAAUCACAGUCUGAGACUUGACGUGACUACCUCGCAAAGUCCUUUUAGUCGGGCAUAAAAACCGACUAUGUUCGGAGUUCAGAAGCCACUCGAAGUUAUCGCCUAGCUUCAAUCAACAUCGCCAGUAAUGUAGACGUGAAUUUAGACAACAAAGUUAAGAACACAUAAGAAUAAAACAAUAAACAUUUCAAUGAA